ACUUAUUUAUUCCUUACGACAUUUCAAUCAGAAACAUUAUAUUUGAAGUUUGAUAUGUCAACGAGAUAGAGAAAUUCUAAGUAGAAAAAUGGCCACACUUUUAAACCAAUUGAAAGGUAUUGUCAAUCAGAUUGAUGAUAGGGGGUGUUGUUCGACCCGUUGUCCCCAGAUGUCGUCCCCAUCUUUCCCUUUUCUGCAGGUCUGUAUGUUAGAUCCGCCAUGCGCGGUUGUGCCAACCGAGCCGAAAUACGUUAAGCCCCUGCAAAUGCCGGCACCGGCCUCGGCCUGUUCCAAUGAGGUGUACGAUAAUGAAGUAGAAGGCUUAAGAACUCGUGCUUAUAAUUUCUAUAACAAUUAUAAUAUUGACUAUCACAAAACAGGGCACGAAUUCGAUUACAAACCAUCAAAAAAAAGAAACCUGCCGUACAAUGCGACAACCGUAGGAGGCACAUUUCCAAACUGUCCAGAAGACCUACAAAAAAAUCGUACCAAUCGCAAAAUGGCAUGCCCAACCGGUUUUAAACCCUGUCAAAUGCAACUAUCUCCUCCUCCUCAAUGUCAUCCAUUGGGUACUUGGUGUGCUUCCAUAAGACCGUGUUCACCGAAAGCAAGACACCGUGCACGUGAAUGUGGUACGGCCAAACAGAAGUACUAGUGGUUAGUAGUCGCAGUGUAAUUUAAAUCAUACAAUAAAGCGAAAUUAAUUAUUUAUUUUAAAUAAUA